CCGUUGCAACAGUGAAACAUAUCCGACAGAAACGACAAAAAAUGUUGCCAGAAAAUCGAAGUUUGAGAAGUUAAAACUUGUAUAUUUAAGUUUAAGCUUAUUUUCUGAUUAAUGUUAGCAUUAAAGAAACUAUGAACGUUAAAAUGGCGUCCUGGAUAUUCGCUGUGUUUUUCCUGUCAGUGGCGGUCCUGACAGCUGCAGAGGAUAUGCUGAACAUCCCCGGAGGAAAGAUGCUGAUGGGAACCAGCGCAGAGGACGGCAGAGACGGAGAGUCUCCCACCAAGGAGGUCCAAGUGCAGCCUUUUAAAAUGGACAAAUACCCUGUCACCAAUAGUGACUUCAGAGACUUUGUGAGAGCACAGAAGUACAAAACUGAAGCUGAGACAUUUGGCUGGAGUUUUGUGUUUCAGGACUUUGUGUCAGAUGAGCUGAAAAAGAAGGUCACUCAGAGGAUUGAGUCUGCUCCCUGGUGGUUGCCCAUAGAGCGAGUGUUUUGGAGACAGCCUGCAGGGCCCGGUUCAGGUAUCCGGGAGCGCCUGGACUUCCCGGUGGUUCAGGUGAGCUGGAACGACGCUCAGGCCUUCUGCCAGUGGAAGGGCAAGAGGCUGCCGACGGAGGAGGAGUGGGAGUGGGCUGCACGUGGAGGGCUGCAAGGUCGGACUUAUCCAUGGGGGAACAAGUUCCAGACCAACAGAACCAACCUGUGGCAGGGAUUGUUUCCAGAUGGAGACACUGCAGAGGAUGGUUACCAUGGCACCGCUCCUGUAACGGCCUUUCCUCCACAGAACAGCUAUGGGCUGUAUGACAUGAUGGGAAACACGUGGGAGUGGACGUCCACACCCUUUCCAGCAGCGAGGCCGAUGUAUGUGCUGCGUGGCGCCUCCUGGAUCGACACGGUGGACGGAUCAGCCAAUCACAAGGCUCGAAUCACAACCAGGAUGGGCAACACUCCCGACUCUGCCUCUGACAACCUCGGAUUCAGAUGUGCUGCCAGCGAUGGGCAGAAGCAAGGGAAGAAAAAAGACAAAGCAGAAUUAUAGUUAGAGGCAGAAAAAUAAUAAGCAAGUUCAUUCAUUUGAACCAGCAGUGAUUCAUUUGAAAUUAAAGUUGACCACAAGAAAAUGUAAGGGAUCAAGUGAGCACAGAAACAAACUGUAUGUCUCCUGUGGAGAACUUGUUUUUUUUUGUUUUUUUUUUAAAGAAUAAAAGCAAACAUACAAAUCCAUAA